UCAAGACAACCGUUGUAAUAGUUGCAUACGGGUAAGCUUCUUUUUCCUUUGUCAUAUGUCACAAAAUUACUAGAAAAAAAGCUUUCAUGAUAUUUUUUGUCUGUGUUUCACAUUAUGGCUUAGAUGAUAUUUUCAUUUAGCUUUUUUGCAAGAGAACUUUUCUUAGUAUUUUCAUGCGUAUCAUAUGAUGGUGAAACAAAGGUGAAACAGAGGUGAAACAGUGUAAUCGUAAUUUGAAUUCAAAAGCAUAUAGCGUUUUGUUUAGUGUCCCUCUUUUAACUGAUGAUAAAUUUGGCCUUGUUAAACUGUGGCAUGUUAAACUGUGGCAUGUUAAACUGUGCCAUGUUAAACUGUGGCAUGUUAAACUGUGGCAUGUUAAACUGUGCCAUGUUAAACUGUGGCACGUUAAACUGUGGCAUGUUAAACUGUGGCAUGUUAAACUGUGGCAUGUUAAACUGUGGCAUGUUAAACUGUGGCAUGUUAAACUGUGGCAUGUUAAACUGUGGCAUGUUAAACUGUGGCAUGUUAAACUGUGGCUUGUUUAAAGUGUCAUUUUCAAAUGUGACAUGUUAAAAUGUCUCAUAUUAAACUGUGUCUACUUAAAUUGUGGCAUGUUUAAAGUGUCAUAUUAAAUAAUGGUGUGUUAAAUUGUGUCAUGUUAAACCACGUCACCUUGUAUUGUGUCAUGUUAAAUUGUGUAGAUUUGAAAAGUGCCAUGUUAGACUGUGUAAGGUUAAACUGUGUAGGUUUAUACUGUCAUUCUUUAACUGUGUCCUGUUAGAGUGUGUGGUGUUGAGCUGUGUCAUGUUAAACUGUGACAUUCUAAACUGUAUCAUUCAAAAUGUGGCAUGUUAAACUAUGGAAUGUGGAAAUCUGUCUUGUUCCAGUGGGUCGUGUUGAACAUUCUCAUGUUAAACCCUGUGAUGUUCAACUUAGUCAUGUCAAACUGUGUCUUGUUAGACUGUGUCAUAUUAAACUGUGUCAUGUUACAUAUUGUCAUGCGAAGCUGUGUCAUUUUAAUUUUUGUCAUGUUAAACUGUGUCAGGUUAAAAUGUGUCAUUUUAAUCUUUGUCAUUUUAAACUGUGUAACGUUAAAAUUUGCCAUGUUAAACUUUGUCAUGUUAAACCAUGUCGUGUUAAAAUGUGUCAUGAUAAAUCGAAUCGUGUUUUACUGUGUUGUGUUAACUAAUUUCUUUGUCAUGGACGAUAUAAUUGGCUCACACCAAAACGACGUUCACAAAAUGAGGGCAUCAAAAAGACGUGAACAAAAUGAAAUGGUGACACCAAAUAAGGACUGAAAAAUAGUGACACCAAAAUGACUGCCACAAAAAGUUACACUGAAACGACGUCCACAAAAUAAUGACAGCAAAAUGACGUCCACAAAAUGAUGACAGCAAAAUGACGUCCACAAAAUGAUGACAGCAAAAUGACGUCCACAAAAUGAUGACAGCAAAAUGACGUCCAAAAAAUGAUGACAGCAAAAUGACGUCCACAAAAUGAUGACAGAUAAAUGACGUCCACAAAAUGAUGACAGCAAAAUGACGUCCACAAAAUGAUGACAGCAAAAUGACGUUUACAAAAUGUUGACAGCAAAGUGACGUCCACAAAAUGUUGACACCAAAAUGUUGACUUCAAAACGGUGACACGAAAAUAGCAGCGACAAAAUGGUGGCAGUGAAAUGACGAAUUGUCACAUAUCAUUUAUAGCUUACAAUACUAUCUCCGUGUAAUUCCGCUUUGUCAUUAAUUUCUCUGAAAACUGAAAAAGAUAAUACCCUAUGGGCAACUUAUGGAACUAAGUUUUAGGAAAAACCCGAAAAGUUAUUUUAGAUUUUUCCAAUGUAAUAUUUCAGUUUCCAUUUGCCAGUCAAGCAAUAUGUUAGUUUUUUUUUUAAAUACUGUAUGUUUUAUAAGUUAAUCGUGAGAGAUAUAUUAUUACAACUGAACCGUGGAAAUUUUUAAUAAUUUAAUAUAAUAUAAUGUAAAAGUGUAUAAGGAUAUCUCAUUGUUUUAGGAGGAAAUGCUAUCUUAUUGCCGUUUAAUUUAUCCAAUGCCAGGCAAUUGUAGGAAAAGGCAACUUCACACAGACUGGCCCUAACGUUGCACUUCAACCUCUGAAGUAUUAAGUUUCAUCAAAAACAAAGUAUAAUGCUAAAACUUUACCUAUUUGAAUUGACCUUAAAAUAUGUAUUUCAUUUAUAAAAAGAUUAAAUUGAAAUGUUUUUUUUUGUGGAUAAACCGACAUAUUUUCUAAUGAUAGCAGAAUGUCUUCUUUUUUCAGUUUUGAGAUGGUUUACACGUAAAUUUUUUUUAAUAAUAAAUGUACGUUUAAAGAACUGUUCAUGAAAAAAGCCGGACACUGACGUAGGAAAGCAGGCGGAGUGGUAGAGGUUCCCCAGGAGUUUUUUUUUUUUAAAUUGUGUUGGUUUUUUCAAAACGUAGAGUAUUUUCGUGGCAGAGGCUUGGGAUAGAAUAUUGGUCAUAAUCUAGCUAUGCCAAUGAUGCUGAGAUCUAACAAAAAAUUUGGUUGGCUUUUCCUAAAUUACCAUAUGUCAAUUGAUAAGUGAAAUGGGAAGAAAAUAAUAUUUUCUAAAAAAAACCAGAAAAUAUAUCUAUUUGUAAAUGACAAAAGAGACGGAAAAGCUAUUCACAUCAAUUGUCUUAAUCACAUUCAUAAUAAUUGAUAAAACAUCCGAAAAAAAUAAUUAACAGUUGCCAAAUUGAUAUACUAAAAAAUUGAUACACUUAAUUUUUUGGGAAAUAAAUAUUUUGUAACAUUUGUAAAGUUUUAUGUUAAUGGUUUUUAUCCCAUGAUUAAUGAGACUAACGUAUAUCGUUUUUUGACCAAAAUUUUUGUGUCUCAAUAAUCCAAAUAAAGCUUUUGUCAAGCCCUUUUAUUAUUUUUUACACAAGUUUAAUACUGGUUUUCACAAACACCAAUUGAUUCCCAAAGGAAAUUUGAAAAAAAGACGACCAUGCAAGGUGUCGCAGUUCCAUAGGAAGACUGAGAGCACUGUUUGAGAAUCCUUCGAAUAAUAAAUAAUACAUGAAGAAAAUAAUUAAAUUUAAAAUUACUUACAAUUUAUCGCAAUUUAAUUUCUUUGAGUAUAUUUUUAAUUAAAGAGAUUUUUUUCUUUUAAAUUCCUUAGAUUUAAGUAUUUAAAAAAAACAUAAACACCAUCAUGUUGACAAAACCGGAAAUAGCCUGUGCCAUCAUUGAAGGUGUAUCAUCAGUGAGAAAAGACGAAGAUCUACAAGAUUUCAGUGUUGAAGUUGAAGGCACUGAAUUCAAAUGUCAUCGUCUGAUACUCAGUGCAUGUUCUGGAUAUUUCCGUGGUCUUCUCAGCUCUGGGAUGAAAGAGUCGCAGAAACAAAGAACAAAGCUUGAGGGCAUCUCCAUGGAAACGUUCACUGCCAUCUUAGAAACUCUCUACAACGGAUGUAACAAUCUGACACGUGACAACAUGCUAAACGUAUGGCUUGCUGCUGACCAACUAAAAAUUACAUUUCUCUUUGACAUGUGUGUAGAUCUUAUUAUAAACAGCAUUUCAAACGAUAAUGUCAUUACAAUUUGGGAAGUAUCAUCUCAACUACAGCACAAAAGUAUCAUAGAGCUUUGUGAAAAGUUUCUCAUCAACAACACAUCUCUGGAAAUCUGGAAUAUUAUAUACGAGACGGCGAACACGUUAGGCUCAGAUUUGAUUUUGUCACAUGUUCGAGAUUUCAUCAAGAAAAAUUAUGAACAAAUCAUCAAAUCUGACACAUUUCUGUGUAUUCGUGAAAAAGAUUUACUUGAAAUUAUAAAAAGUCAAGAUCUGGUUGUGCCUACUGAAGACGUUGUCAUUGACUCCAUCCUAAAUUGGUUUAACGAUGAAAGUACAAUUAGAUCUCAGACGAUGGUUAAAUAUCUCAAUGAAAAUUCAAACAGUGUUUCAGGUGAAGAUGAACAAGAUGGAAUGAUUGAGAAUAAAAAGAAAAACCCAACAAUCAAAUUAGAAAACAUAAAUGAAUAUCGCAUGAAUCGUUUUGAAAAUUUACUUUCAGAAACAAGAUUGUUUCUUGUUAGUUCUAUAACUCUAGAAAAAUUAUCACAUGAUACUUUAGUAUUUAACAACAAAAGAACCAGAGAAAUGGUAAUGGAUGCCACCUUAUAUAAGUCCAUUGGACGUCAACAUGGUCAGAGUCUGAAGGCAGCCGUUCAUAGAAGUUGUAGUGGUUUAAAGAAUGUUGCAGCACAAGGUAGCGCAUAUGGAGAAUUUGAAAUGUUUUCAUUUCUGCCUGAAUUUCAAUCGGUAUUUCUUCCAAAAUGUCCGUACCUGGUUAAAUGUACGUCUGUUAAAUUAAUUGCCUACCAGACAAACUUUAUUGCAGUCGGUGAUUUAGAAGAGAGCAGCAGAUUGUGUUUUUUCGAACAAAGUAAAUGGCGUGAACUCAUGGAACUACCAGGUCAAGGAUGGCUGGGUGUGGCUGUCGAAGAAUUUAUUUAUUUAUUUCAUUCUUCUACUCAACAAAUUAAAAGAUUUGAUCCGAGAUUUUGGAAUUGUUCACUUGCGAAUUUGAAUAACUUCCCCUCACAAGAUAAAAUUGAACACCUUUGUUCUUUUGAUUUCUUCCUACUUGCAUUUUGUUUUGAGAUUAUAAAAGGGGUAGAUAAGACAGCUGUACAUUGUCUAGACACGAGGUCUCAGACAUGGACACGACUUGACUGCCUGGAAGGAUCAGCCAAAAAUAUGCAUAGUUUUAGAAAAGAGAAACAAUUAUAUAUUCUUCAAGCUAACGGCAAUCUUUGGGAAAUUAACCGUGGCGAAAUAAAUGGCGUACAUUUGAAGUUGGUUGAGGUUCUUUGGCAGGGCAUAUCCAAUAUGUUUGGAGUCACAAAUAUAGACGAGCGUCUCUGUUUUAGCUUAAAAAAAGACUAUAAAGAUGAUGUAGCAUCUUCAGCAACUUCAAAACUGUUAAAUGUUUGCUCUGUUUCUAUUUCAAAUGAUGAUAACUCUUUGUCUAAUUUGGUACCAGCUGUCUUAAAGUCAUUAACUACUUAAUACAUUGCCUUGAGAUAUCGUCAACAUAUAAAUAAUUUAUUUAGUUAUAUAUUUUGAAAGCAGAACAUGACCUAAAAAUAUGACAUAUGUAGUUUAAAGACCGGUGAUCAAUAGAAAACAAAAAUCAACACCGGCAAUAUGAUAAUUGUUUUUUACUUGCUCUGAACGUAUUCCUACUUUUCUAACAACUCCUUUCCCGUCAUCUUUCUCACCGUCUCUUUCUCUCUAUUUUUUAUCACCUUUGUCUGAUCACAUGCAUUAACAUUUAUAUUCAUAACUACUCUAUUCCCUCCUACCACCCGCUCUAAAUAUCACCCUAUUGUUAUCUCGCUCUUGCUCACGUUAUCUGUGUCCCAUCCAGAUUGUCUGACCACAUUCCAUAAAAUCCACUAUCUUCUAACUCCUCCUGUCAUUAGCCCUCCAACCACAUUGCUAUAUUAAAGAUUGUAACCUGCCUAAUGUUAGUUAAAUACGAUUUGUUUUUCAAUGCUACUUCUGUCUGCGUGGCUCUUUUAUUAUUUGUUUAACGAGGUUGUAAUAAAAUCAUGAUUAAUUCGAUAAUUUAUGCAGGU